AUGUUGGCCGUUUUCUUUAUCAUGUACAUACAACAGAACUUGCUGGAGCAAUUGGGUUUGUAUAUUUUUCAGGUCACUGAGGAAAUUUUGCUAACCAAUCAGUGGUUUUGCUCAAGCACGAAGGAUCUGUUUUCACUGGUUGUAUCAUUGUGGCAGCUUACUCAGCUUGAAUAUUUCAAUGGACAAAGACUUCAAAUUUGGCUCACACCAGCGUGGACUUGGACUUCUGAGUCAAGACUUGACCGGAAGCACUAA